UUGAGCAGAGCCAUUAGCUCUAUAUCCUUUGAGCCGCAUGAACCAGUCGUUGUCAGGUCCGUAUAUCGUUUGCAUAUAUCCAUCUUAGAACUUGUACAAAGGGUAGGUUGUACUAAUAGUUGUACUAGGCAAGUAAUCUGUACCUCUGGGCCAUUUUAUUUUGAAGUAGUAUUUAUCGAUCGUAUUACAACUUCUAGAUUUAGUAACUUUUAUUAUUUAAGAUAAUACUUUACAGUAAGUGCGUUAGGGUUACCAAUUUCCCUCGUCGUGUCGUAAAUAAUCGCGUAGCGGUAUUUUAGUGUCUUGUGAUAUUUUAAAUACGAAACAAUUAAAGACACAAUUUUGCUAAACGGAAAAAUGUCAUUUAUUAAAUCAUGUGUGUAAAAAUUAGUAUAUAAAUAUGAGAUCAAACGUGAUUAUAUAAAGGAUUUAACUGACCUACUGACAAAUUCUUCACUCAAAAAUAAUAUAAGUCUCCAUCCAACCUUACUAAGUCAACUUCGUAAUAGAAGUAGGGAGGACACUGGAGCUUAAAGAAAGAAUCGAGUCUUCAAACGAGGGAGAUCGACUAAGGUAAAAAGCUGAGGAUCCUCGUGAAUGAUUUCGUUGACUAGGAACGAUUGACAGGUGAAUAAUACUACUGUUACUGUCAGUAUAAAUGACAUAAAUGUAGUGCGUAAAAAAGCAAGUAAGAAAUAAAGGAAGGAAAGAAAAAGAAAAAUGAUGAAAUAUUCAAAAGAAGACCCCUAGCUUUCAUCGAUUACACUUACAUUAUUAUAUUAUUAUUACUUCUAUACACAACACACUAACUGUCAUCAACACUCGUUCAGCAUACACUCUUUUUAAAUCUAAUGGCUCUGUACAUCUAGCUUGUUUAUCACUUAUCAUUCAUACACACGUUAAUGUGAUCAAAGCUAUGAAAGUGUCACAAAUAAUAUGGAGAAACUUUUUUACAAGAUUGGGAAGAAUGAUCGGGGGACUUCCUAGCGGAUGGAUGAGGAAAGUUCUUCUUUUCCUCGUCCUUAUUACUGGGAUCCUCCUGAUUGCGAUGUAUGCUCAUGCACCACCACUGGUAUCGCUUCAACCUUUUGCUCCCAGAAGAACUUUCAAUACUCCGUGGUCGUGGGUCUGUGUAGCUGGAAGAUGUGAAAGACGUGCAGUAAAAACAUCACAACGAUCUUUAGGAUCUUGCACAGCAACUUGCGGUGGAAAUAGUAGAUUGCUGUGGCCAAAACCAACAGGUGAAGUGGUACUUGGUGAAGAUAGUGUAAUGUUAAGUUCUCAGCAAAUUGAAUUUGUUACUAUCAGUACGAGUGAUCAUGAUGUCAAAAAUUCACUUGAACAUGCCAAAGAUAUUUUUAUUGGAAACAUUAGAAAUUUAGAAAAAACUCAAAAUUCAAAAGGACAAUCGACCAUCGAUAGUUUUGUGAUAUAUUUAAGUGCAGGUGACGGACGCGAAACAAAACUAAUGUUAGAUACCGAUGAGUCAUACAGACUUGAAGUUAAAAUGAAUAACAAAAAUCUUGAAGGAAGAAUAACAGCAAAUAGUUAUCACGGAGUACGACAUGGUCUAGAAACGUUGAGUCAAUUGUUCUGGUGGGACGAGAUAGCGGGUAAACAAGGAGGACUUCGAGUUCUUUCAAACGUCUAUGUCACCGACAAACCCGCAUUUCACUAUCGCGGAUUGUUGAUCGAUACUGGCAGACAAUUUUUUUCAAUUGAACAAUUAAAGCGAGUUGUCGAUGGUAUGGCAGCAUCAAAACUUAAUACUUUUCACUGGCAUCUGACAGACUCACAAAGUUUUCCAUUUGAUUCAACAAAUUUUCCCCAAAUGGCACGAUGGGGAGCGUACAGCGCUGAAGAAACUUAUUCACCAGGUGACAUUAAAGAUCUUGUAGAUUACGCAAGAAUACGAGGGAUAAGAAUCAUCGUCGAGAUUGAUAGCCCAGCUCACGCUGGUGCUGGAUGGCAGUGGGGUCCAGAGCACGGGUUAGGCGAGUUAGCACUGUGUGUUGAUCAGGAACCCUGGUCGUCUUAUUGCGGUGAACCCAACUGUGGACAAUUAAAUCCUAUCAACAAACACACUUAUAAAAUAAUCGAAGAACUUUAUAAAGAAUUAUUAGACAUUACGGAAGUACGUGAUAUUAUUCAUCUAGGUGGAGAUGAAGUCAAUCUUGAUUGUUGGGCGCAGUACAGUAAUAUUACGCAAGCAAUGCAAGCACAAAAUUUCACAGAUCUCCAUGCACUAUGGGCUGACUUUGAGGGUAAAAUUUACCAACGAAUUGUUCAUGCUAAUCAUGACAAAACACCCAAAGCUGCUAUUUACUGGAGUUCGCCGUUGACCAAACGUCCGUGGAUUACUUCACAGCCAUUUGACCCAAAGUUACACGUCAUACAGUCCUGGGGCGGUAGUACUUGGCCGGAGACUGGUGAUCUUUUGGAAGAUGGAUUCAGGGUGAUUUUGUCGCAUGUCGAUGCGUGGUAUUUAGACUGCGGGUUCGGUAAAUGGAGAGAAACUGGCGAAGCCGCGUGUGGAGAAUAUCGCACGUGGCAAACUGUUUACAAUCAUCGACCUUGGAGAGAUUAUCCGUCCUCGAUACAUUUAAUUAUGGGGGGUGAAGCGGCACUUUGGAGCGAACAAAUUGGACAGGCUUCACUUGGACCUCGACUAUGGCCCAGAGCUUCGGCAUUUGCUGAAAGAUUAUGGAGUGAUCCACCAGGUUCAGGAUAUGUCACUGAAGAAACUGUUUAUACAAGAUUAGCUGCUCAUAUUGAUCUCUUACAGACACGUGGUCUUAAAACUGAAGCAAUGUGGCCGCAAUGGUGCAGUCAUAAUCCUGGUAAAUGUCUCUGACCGCGUUUAAAAUAAAAUAAAUAUCUUUUAUGUAGAGUUAUUGGUAAUUUUAAGUGUACAAAAAACACUUAAUGUAAAAAAAAAAAAUUCGUAAUUUCAGAAGCGGUAAAUUUUUUUAAAUGAUAAUUGUAAAUAGUGAAACAUAUUAAUGAUAAUUUUUUAUAAUUCAGGCUGUUCAAUUUGUAAAUUGUUAAUAUAUAUAGUAAAUUUAUUUGUCAUCGUGUGCUUAAAUUAGAAAAUCGCAUCGAAAUUUAAGCUUUGGUACACGAAUUCAAGUAUAUUAGAUAAAUUUAAAUUUAAAUCAAGAGCAAAAGUAAAAUAAAUAGUUGAUUAAAUUAUAAAAGACAAUUUAAAUUUAUUGUUAGUUUUUGUCAUUGAGUCUGAAAACAAAAUUGUAGAUUUUUAUACAUAAAAAGAAAAGAAAAAAAAAUUAAAUGAAUAGAUAGAUUAGAAGUAUGUGGCCACAUAAAGUUUUUUAUCAAUAAAUAUUUAAUAGGUAUUUUCUUUCUUAUUGAUAAAGAUCUUUAUUAAAAGUACAUUAAAGGACGUACAUAAUUUUCUUACUAGUUAUUAUUAUUUAGAUUUAUAGUUAAAAAUUUUUAAGUUUUUUUUAAAGAAAUCGAACACAAUAAAUCAAUGAUUGUUAUUUAUCAUCAAUUUGAAAUGUUUUGGCGGCAAAUUCAAACUGUCAAGUUCUAAAAAAAAUGUUUAUAUAGUCAUACACUAAUAAAAUAUACUAAUAUAUGACGAUACCUUGACUUGGCACAGCCACUUGUUACACUAAAAAAUUGGGAGUGAUUUUAUUUAAAUUCGAAUUCACUCCGUCACUGAGAGUUCCGGAGUUUAAAAAAAAAUCAAUCUGCAUACGGAGUAAAUAGGGAGUUUGUUUUUUUAGCUGAGUGAUUUCAGAGUGAUCUGGAUUUUAUUUUAAUCUGCACUCACUCCGAUUCAGAGUUUUGAUAUUAAAAUAUACAUUCGCUACGCUCAUUUUUUUUACAGUUCAUUAAAAUACUAAUUGUGAAGCCAAUAAUAUUGUUAUGAUAUAUUUGUAUAAAAUUUUGUAUACUUUACUAAUAUAUUGCCGUGUAUUUUUUUAAGAGCUUGAUAAAAUCUAAAUUUGUAGACGAAAUAUAGCAAUCUGACAUCCUGUGUUCAAUUUUUCCUUAAAAAAAAAUUGAAAAUUUUGAAAUAGUAUUAUUUUGAGCGUGUGAAAGACAGUUUUUUUUUAUAUAUAAAUAUAAAUGAUAAUAAAUAGCAAAAAAGUGAGAUAAUAAAUUUUUUGCUCAUAAAUAUUAUAUAUCAAAACAAAGUAUAAAUAUUAAUUAUUAUUGUUGGCAUUUUAUUCUUAGUGCCUUUCCAAGACUAAGUUUUCUAUUAUUAAAAUAUAAAUAAAUUAUGCAACAAAAAUAAUAAAUAUCAACGAAAAACUAUAAUUUUAAAAUGCCGUAAAAAAAACUAAAAGUUAAAUUUGUAAAAAAAGAACAAUAUAAAAACAACAAAAUGUAAAAUUAAAUUAAUAUCAAUAGUUAAAUUUACGUGUGCAAUUUUUCAUGAUAAAAAAAUGCUGCUUAAAUAUUAAGUAAAUGGAAAAACAUAAUAGCCGAUUAUUGAUGAAUAAACAAAUAAUAAUAAUUUAAUAAGCAAAAAUAAGUAUUAUGGAAAAAGAAAAAAAAAUGAAGAAUUAUAUUUACUUACGAUAAAUUAAAUUAAUAUUAAUUAAUAAAUUGAUUUUUAUUUUUAAUUUACAUUCGUUGAACUUAAAAGUGUAAUAUAGUGUAUGAUAAGAUUACUUAUGAGCGUUAUUAUAAAAAUGUUAUUUUAGAUUUGUUUUUUUUUGUUAAUUUAAUAAUUAUUUUUUGAUAAAUAAAAUUUUUUAUACAAUAAUUAAGGCCGAGAUAACUUAAUUCAGAAAAUUCCAUUAAAAAGUAAUAUAUUAAUUUAUUAAUUAUUAUUAAAUAAUUAUUUGUUGUAAGUUUAUAUAAUUAUAUUAUUUAAUCGAGUUGUAUAAUUGGGUUGUAUUUCUAUGAAUGAAUUUUUUUUCUUAAAUAAAUAGGGUAGAGGUACCUUUCAUGGUCACUUUAAGCCCAGUUUUGGAUACUCAAAAAAAUUGAAUAAAAUAAUUUGUAAGAAAUGCGGACAGUUAACUUUUUAAAUUGUACCCGUAUAAAAAAAAAAUGUUGAAAGUGUUGACUGUUCUAAACUUCAAAAUGUAACACAUAAAUUUUUUUAAACUUCGGAAAAUACCCAAGUAGCAUAGAGACAACUUUAAGAUGUCAUAAAGAUUUCUUUCAAAAGGACGACAAAUUUUUUUUUGUCUCUAAGCCAAGUAUUUUUCUGUAAAUAAGACACGGGUGUUGGUCCUAAAAGUCAUAGGAAAUUCGUCUUCUUUUUUCCAUCUCCAAAAAGUAAUUUCAAUUAAAAAAUUCUUUAGAUUAUUUAUUUAGCCAUUAUUUGUAAUUUACUUUUUGUCGUCACUUGUGUCAAGUCGUUUAAGCAGAUGUUUUUUUAAUGACGUAAAUUCUUGAUUGCUUUGUUAAAAUGUAGAUACUUCAAUGAUAAAUUAAAAAAACAGCCUCAAAAUGAAUAUGAUAAAUUUCUAUAAAUUAAAAUUUUUUGACUCUGUUGUAAACUUUUUUUGACUCUUCAUUAAAAGUGUUGGGCUUCAUAUCUUUUUUCAGCUCAAAAUACGUUCAGUAAAAGCGAAUAUUGAACUGUAUCUAAACUUUUUUUUUUCGCAUAUCUUAAUAAUAUUAAAAUAUUCAUCGAUUGUUCACUUUAAUUUUCAAAAGUUUAAAAGAUGUUAAAAAAAAAUUUCGUCGUGUCAUGUUUUGAAUUUUAAAAUAUUCCGCGCUUUUUCAGCGUUUUUCCAACAAUUUUUUUUACACGGAACGUUCAAAGAUACUUAAAUUACACAGUAGAGCAAUGAAAUUUUUUAGAAAAAUUUUAUUGUUAAUUAAAACAAAGUACUAAGUGCCCAUAAGUGGUGCAAUGGCUACAAACGGCACUUCUACCCUUUUAUUAACAAAUAAGUAUAAAAAAAAAGAUAUACGUAGAAUGUGAUUAAGCUAUUAUUAAGCUACCUUUUAUACCUGGAUUAGACUUAGAUAAUUAAAAAAAAAAUGGCCUAUUGAUAAUUAUUAUUAGAUGAUUAAAAAAUAUUGUAAUGUAAAUAAUUAUAAACAUGUGUACAUUUGUAUUUGUACAUAAAAUUCAAGAGUAACAAUGACAUGUACUUAUGAAUUUUUAUUGAUGUAUUUAUAGCACGUGAGAGAAUAAUAACAAUUGAUAUUAUUCAUUAUCGUGUUAAUAAUAGCAGUGAUUUAAUAAAUAUUAUUAAUUGCUGAUUAAUGCCAUACGCCUGUCAAUAAAUAAAAUUUACAAUAUAAAAGUACAUUUUAUUUAAUAAUAACUCUGAAAGAAUCAUAAUAAGCGGUUAUAAUAAAAUUUAUUAAUAAAAUUAUUUGUACAAAUUUCUUACUAACUUCGUAACACUAAAUUAUUUUAUCAUGCACGAAAU